AUGUUGUGUUCCCUGCAGGACCCAGAGAACAUGUGGGCCUACGAGGUAGACGCCAGGUCGACAGGGGACAAAAAGUCUGCCCGGGAGGAGCGUCGAGGAGACGUAGUGGUGGGCCAGUACAGCGCCAUGGACCCUGAUGGUUCUCUCUGCGUCGUCGACUACUCUGUAGCUCCCGACACUGACUUCCAGGCCACUGUUACCAAGCAAUCCACCCAUGAAAACUUCCAGAGCCAAAGCCAAAAGCACCAGCAAAGGCGCAACCAGUCCCAGAAUCAACAGACCCGACGCGACCAGUUCCAGAACCAACAGAACAGCCGCAACCAGUUUCAGAACCAACAGAACCGCCGCAACCAGUUGCUGAACCAACAGAGCCGCCCCGACCAGUACAUCUCACAAAGUUACGGCUCCACCAACAACAACCACAACUACAACCAAAACUCACACCUCAACUCCAACCUUUUCAACCUGGAAUACAACCAACAACUCUCCCGGUUAUCCACCAACAACCACAACCAGUACGGAAGGAGCCAAGACCCAGAGAACAUGUGGGCCUACGAGGUAGACGCCAGGUCGACAGGGGACAAAAAGUCUGCCCGGGAGGAGCGUCGAGGAGACGUAGUGGUGGGCCAGUACAGCGCCAUGGACCCUGAUGGUUCUCUCUGCGUCGUCGACUCCUCUGUAGCUCCCGACACUGACUUCCAGGCCACUGUUACCAAGCAAUCCACCCAUGAAAACUUCCAGAGCCAAAGCCAAUAG